AUGGGUCCAACUGUGUUAGUUUUAUCACCAACUAGGGAGUUAGCUACUCAGAUACAAGAGGAAGCUAACAAAUGGCUAUGGUCAUUUCUACAAGAGGAAGCUAACAAGUUUGGGAAAUCAUCAAGAAUUAGUUGUACAUGUUUAUAUGGGGGAGCACCAAAGGGUCCUCAGUUGAGAGAGAUUGAGAGAGGAGUAGAUAUUGUGGUUGCCACUCCUGGCAGGUUAAAUGAUAUUCUGGAGACGAGAAGAAUCAGCCUCCACCAAGUUUCUUACCUUGUGUUAGAUGAGGCUGAUCGCAUGUUGGACAUGGGAUUUGAACCUCAAAUACGGAAGAUUGUGAAAGAAGUUCCUACUCGCAGGCAGACACCAAUGUACACGGCAACAUGGCCAAAGGAAGUCCGUAAAAUUGCAGCUGAUCUACUGGUAAAUCCUGUUCAGGUCAACAUCGGCAAUAUUGAUGAGCUUGUGGCAAACAAGUCUAUUACCCAGUAUGUUGAAGUGUUAUCACCAAUGGAAAAGCACAGAAGAUUGGAGCAGAUACUGCACUCACAAGAACCAGGAUCCAAGAUAAUUGUUUUUUGUUCAACUAAGAAGAUGUGUGAUCAACUUGCUCGCAACCUCGCUCGACAAUUUGGAGCUGCUGCUAUCCAUGGAGACAAGUCUCAGGCUGACAGAGAUUACGUGUUGAGUCAGUUUCGCACUGGGAGGUCCCCAGUGCUUGUUGCUACUGAUGUUGCAGCUCGCGGAUUGGAUGUUAAAUACAUAAGGGUGGUAAUCAACUAUGACUUUCCGACUGGGGUUGAGGAUUAUGUUCAUAGGAUUGGGACGACUGGAAGGGCAGGUGCUACCGGAUUAGCAUAUACAUUCUUUUGUGAUCAGGAUUCGAAGCAUGCUUCAGAGCUAAUCAAAGUUCUAGAAGGUGCAAACCAGAGGGUGCCUGCAGAACUUCAUGAUAUGGCUUCACGUGGUGGUGGGAGGGGAAUGCCUAGACGUUGGACUCCCAAUUCUGGUGGCCGUCCUGGGUUUGGAUAUGGUGGCAGGGAUGGUGGCAGAGGUGGUCGAGGAAUUUCUACAUUACCAUCUAGAUGGAAUGACAUCUGGAGGACAGGGAUAUAGGCACGAGUCUCGAGAUAGUUACAACAAGGGAAGGAGUCGGAGUCGGAGUCCUGCAGGUUGGGGUGAUCACAGCAAAAGUGGUUCCAUGAACGCAGCCAGAGUCGUAGUGCUGACAGGUAUGAUACUGCUGCUGGACAUCAGCGCUCGUGAGAGGUUCAGGUCACUUUAUAGUGGUGCUGGUAAUAGUGGAAGAUCGAUUGGUGACUCUCAGCAGGAGAGGGGAAUACCCUGGUAAAGGUAUCGGGGAUGAAGAAGAAGGCAUGAUACCUCAUUGAUCUUUUUGACCUAAGAAUUUAGGAAUUUGGUGGUUCAUGUAAGUUUGGU